AUGAAUACUCAGAAGGUUUUGGAUCCAGAUACGAAGUAUAUUAAGCUAAGAGUGAUUGGCGGAGAGCUUCCUGGAGCAACACUUGCACAGAAGGUUGGUCCUCUUGGACUGUCAUCGAAGGUUGUUGGAGAGGAUAUCAAGAAAGCAACAUCUGACUAUAAGAGUCUAAGGGUGCAUGUUGAACUUGCGAUAAAGGACAGGAAGGCGACGGUUGAGAUCCAACCGAGUGUGUCCACACUUGUGAUCAAAGCUUUGAAAGAGGCACCACGUGAUAGGAAGAAGGAAAAGAAUAUUCUGCACUCUGGAAGUAUCAAGAUGAUUGAGGUUGUUGAGAUAGCCAGGCUUGCGAAGUCUACGAGGUCUUUUUCAAGAACACUCACUGGAGCAGUGAAGGAGGUUCUUGGAACAUGCAAGGCGAUUGGAUGCAAAGUUGAUGGGAAGUGCCCAAAAGAGGUUAUCCAUGAGAUUAAUACUGGUGAUAUUAAAUUGCCUGAUCAAUAA